CUCAAUCCACCAAUUCAGAUAUUCUCGUGCAAACCGCCAAUUCCCCCCGCCGCCAGCAGACAUGUUUGCCUCGACCUUGCGAGCCGCCGCCCGCGCGCCCCAGCCCACUGCUGCCUUUGCACGCAGCUUUUCUUCGAGCCGCCCCUCGCAAAUUGCUCGCAUGACGAUUGUCGGCCGCCUGGGCGUUGUGCCCGAAGAGGUUACUGUUUCUGGCGAGAGGACCUUGGUGCGCUAUGUGGUUGGAACCAGCCACGGCAAGGGCGAGGAGAAGAAGACCAGCUGGUUCAGGGUUGCCAGCUUCGUCCAGGGCGCACAGAAGGACUUCUUGAUGAGUGUGCCCAAGGGCUCCAUGCUCUAUGUGGACGCCGAUGCGCGCAUGGAGACAUACUUUGACGCCGACGGAGCCAAGAAGACCAACUUGAGCUUGGUUGCACGCAACUUUGAGGUUCUGACGCGCGCCCGCACCGAAGAGCCUGACCCCAACGACGAGGGCCUUGUUCAGGAAGCCUCAGAAGCCUCGGAAGCCUCGGGCUAGACGUACGCGGCUUGAGUUGAGUGUAAAUAUGGCAGUCUGCACAGCACGUCUCCAAUGCGAAGAUUUUCUGGACGGGUAUACGGUGGCAAUGGAGACGGAUAUGCAACGAGGACAGCGACCAUGGCAGCCGUCUUUGCCAGGCGCAGGAUGGCUUCUUUACAGCCUCUUGAACCAGCAUACCAGAGUGUACGACUAUGGUCUGAAUUUUUUCUAUUGUGUCAUCUCUACUCUUCGAGUGGCGGGUAACGGUGCUUGCUGAAUGAUACCUUUU